GAGUUGAGAAAACGUUACCGCAUCGUUAGUCAAUCACAAAAACAUGAAUAGUGGAGUGGAAUAUCUACGAGGAAAUAUGCCAGGCUGCUGUGACGAAGCAGAAAUGGAGUGAAAAAGCUAUGUGAUGUUGUCGGUAGGAUUGAUGACAGAGUUGUUGUUAAGGAUUCAAGCUUAGAAAUGACGUCGGUAAAUUUGGUUGUGUUUUUAGUUAUUUCCUUCGAAGCAAAGCUGACGUUAAGUUUUGUAAAAUGCCCACCUCCACAGAGCAAUUGCGGAAACAAUACGCGGAUGAACAACAGUCGAGUUAUCGACAUUAUUGACUGCGAUCUUUUGAACAUUUCCUGUGGCUCUGGCAAGGUCUGUCGACAAGGACAUUGCGUUUACGUCGAGUCAAAGUCGGACAGUCAAGAAGGUCGGAUUCCGUCGACUGACGUGUCAAUGGAAUACAAAACAGUAGCGGAGACUACGAUCUCUACAGGGUCAAACGGAAUUGGGAAACCAACUUCCACGAGCCACAGUUUGCUCUCAGGAAACCAAGAAUUUGCUAUCGCUCUUGUGGGAUUUUCAAUUCUAUUUAUAAAUUUCUGCUUGAUUUCGUUCUGCUUGGCCCGGGCAAAACAAAGGCGAAAUCAACAGAGGCGCUCGGCAACGACACAAGGAUCACAAACAGGGGAGGAUUAUUGGAAUGAAAGUCACUUGACUGGACACGAUACGUCGCAGGUUGAAUUAAAUAUGGGAAUUGAUAAUUUUGCACUCAAUGGAGAUUUGGAUGGAUUUUCAAACGGCUUUUAUGUCCCUCACGCGCGCUUACCGCCUUACGAUUUUUACUCGGCUUACGAUAAACCUCGACCCAGAUCGGAAGAAGGCGAAGAUGACGAAGAAGCAUUCGAACCUCCUCCCGAUACUCAAAGCAUUAACGAGGAACCUCCUCCGUACAGCGAUCAGCGGUACGGAAAUACGUCCAACCCGCCAAGCUACGAAGAUGUUUUAAAGGUAGCGGUGUCCAACAUUGAGGAAAGUUCCUCAGGAUUAUGAUUUAAAGACAAACUUGAAUCAUGUGCAACAAAGGCAUGUACAGAAGGAACGUGUAAAUUAGAGAGUAAAAAUUAGUAUUUCAUGUCAGAACGAGAAAUAACAGUUUUGAGUGGUAAUCCCUUUGAAGCAGAUAGAAACCAGUCUAUAUUUCCUUAUAACAUUUAACCGGGAAGGCCAAUCCGGACACUUGAGUGAAUCAACCACAAGUGGCUUUUAAGAGGACGAUGUAUUGAAUAAGCCUGUACAUACAUGAAUCCAUCGUCUGGAACCACAAGAAAUAUAGAAAAAAAACCGUAAUUACUUCUUUGCAACUUAUGUACGUGUUUUGGAUCAGUUAAUUAGUGUGAAUAUUUCUCUGUUCCUAAAUAGACGAACACAAUAGAUCGCGUCAGACUUCCGCCGUACACACUAGGUAUCCAGUGUAAAUCACGUAGGCUGCAUGAAAAGUCACUAUGGAUCUAAAGAUGAUAAGUGAUUGUUUUGACACGUUGAGUGAUGAGGUACUCUUGAAUAUUGCUUGAGCCAAGUUUUCUCACAUCGUUUGCCAGAUUCAUGACAAGAAUUACAACACGAUAAAUAAUUUGCGGCAGGAAGCGAUUCUUUCAUUCCUUUAAUUGUUUGCAGCUGUCCAAAUAAAAGAUACUGUAGAGGAUAAUCUGAUUGUGUAAGCAAUGAACACCGUAAAUGAUAUUUUAAAACUCAUCAAAAGAUCCCCUGAAAUUUUGGCUUUGUUUAUCUUGUCGCAACGUUAACACGGCAAAAUUUUGUCUCCUUGUGUAAAUUUACAAGGGCAGAAAACUUUGAUAUUACAGAGCACGUUUUUGUUCCAUUGAAGAAACUUAGUCUAAGAAUACAUACGACAGGGCUUCUUGCGUCGUUUUUUUUCGUUUUU